GUACCGGAUAGUCUGCCGAGCGAGUCACGUGGGCGGGGAUUCCUUAAAGGGACAGCUCACAAUUCAGGUUGUGCAGUAGUCUGUUGCAGAAAGUAGGAUCUGCGAGUUAUAAGCCUGAUAAAGCAGGUUGAAAUUCACCAAAAACUGUUACAGAUACACGGAUUAGACGAAAUCAAGACCAAGACAAUAUAUGCUGUGAAAGUAACCUGCAAAAUAGCAUGGUUAUAGAAGGUGUCUGUACCAAAGUGGCCCAGAUGAGCGAAGCCAGUAUCAUUAAGGAAGGCAUCCUGCUGAAGAUGUCCCAGCAGAAAAAGAAAAUAUCUCCUAGGAACUAUAAAGAGCGGCUCUUCGUUCUGACCAGCCAGGCUCUGAUUUACUAUGAACAGGAAAAGGGGAAGAAAAAGAAAAAAAAAGGGUCAAUUCUGACAGAAAAAAUCUGCUGUGUGGAGAAAGUUGAGCCAGAGAAGAAUGCGCCUGUGGAAAGAAAGUUCCCUUUUCAGAUUGCAUAUGAUGAAUACAUCCUGUACGUGUUCGCAAAGGAUGACACAAAUAGGAUGGACUGGUUAGAGGCUGUGAUGCAAGUAAUAAAGGGUAAUGACAGUCUCUCUGCAAAGUACCACAAAGGAUUAUGGGUAGAUGGAAUAUUCCUGUGCUGCAGCCAGACCGUAAAGAAUGCUCCAGGCUGCAGUGACUGGCACAAAGAAUCAAUGACGCUCAGAGCAGCUUGUCGAACUAUUGCAUUACCUCCUGUGCCUUCUGCAAAGCUCCGAGACAGAGUCCAACUCCCUCCCAUCCCAGAAGAUGAAGGCAGUGCUUGUGUGGAGGUUGUGGCUCUGUAUGACUACACUGCCAGGAAGCCUGGAGAGCUAAAUCUAGUGAAGGGGAGCAGAUAUGUCUCUCUGGAAAAGAUGUCGGGCGACUGGUGGAAAAUCAGAGACACAGCUGGUUCUGAAGGACUUGUCCCUUGUAAUUACUUAGAGGAAGUGGAAACUGACAACAGUGAGAAGGAAGAAGUGUCCCGGAGGUCGAAAAAGGAGAGACCCAGCAAAUUAAAAUCACACUCGAGACGCUCUGUUGAUGACCACAUAGAGGACUAUCCCUGGUAUGUGGGCAAUAUGUCUCGAGUGAAGACUGAGCAGCUACUUCGCAAGAAGGGUAAAGAAGGAUCAUUUGUGGUCAGAGAUUCCAGUCAAAAAGGAGUGUACACAGUGUCGCUCUUUAGCCGAGCACUAGACGAAGCGAAUGGGACUGUAAGGCAUUAUCUCAUUAAUGUCAAUGCAGAAGGGCUGUAUUACUUGGCAGAGAACCACCUGUUUGAGUCCAUCCCGCAAAUGAUAGAGUACCAUCAACACAAUGGGGCAGGCCUGCUGACAAGACUGCGGCUUCCUGCUACAGAAACCGAUCUCAUAACUCAAUCUGCACAGGGUGCAUGGGAGCUGAGUCGAAAAGACGUACGUCUGGUGAAAGAGCUAGGCAGCGGCCAGUUCGGAGUGGUCCAGCUCGGUGUGUGGAAGGGCAAACACCAGGUGGCCAUUAAGAUGGUGAAAGAGGGCUGCAUGUCCUCAGAUGAAUUUAUAGAGGAAGCCCAGGUCAUGAUGAAACUCAGGCAUCCUAAGCUUGUGAGGCUCCACGGUGUGUGUACCGAAUGCUUUCCCAUCUACAUUGUGACGGAGUUCAUGAGUAACGGCUGCCUGCUGGAGUACCUGAGGCAUCAUGGGAAAGAGCUGAAGCCUCAGCGUCUCCUAACCAUGUGCCUGGAUGUGUGUGAGGCGAUGGCUUACCUCGAGGAUCAGCAAUUCAUUCACCGAGAUCUAGCUGCGAGGAAUUGUUUGGUAGAUAAAGAUCUAUCUGUCAAAGUGUCCGAUUUUGGAAUGGCAAGAUAUGUACUGGAUGAUCAGUACACCAGUUCUGCAGGUACAAAGUUUCCCGUGAAGUGGUCAGCCCCUGAGGUUUUGAACUACACAAGGUUUAGCAGCAAGUCCGAUGUGUGGGCAUUUGGGGUGCUGAUGUGGGAGGUGUACAGUCUGGGCAAGCAGCCCUAUGAGCACUAUGAUAAUGCACGUGUAGCUGAAAGAGUGAUGCAAGGUCAUCGCCUGUAUAGACCCCAGCUGGCUACAGAUCAGAUCUACCAUGUUAUGAAAUCAUGCUGGCAUGAGCUUCCAGAGGAAAGGCCCAACUUUCAGCAGCUUUUGAAGGAUAUCAGUGCGUUUGUAGAGGACAGUAAACAAUGAUUACACUACAUGAACUUUAUUUGUGUGUUUUCCAGAGUACCCACAAAAAAAAAAAAAGAAAAAAUGCAAUACAAUAAUCUCAAAAAUGGUCCUUCUGUUCUGCUGACGUUGCCAAUACUGCUGUAACAACUUGUAUUUGUAUAUUGUUAUGUGUCAGUAAUAAAAAAAAAUCCUCUUCCUCUGUGUACCAUGCACAGUAACACCUGAAUGAUUUGUUGAUAUUUGUUUUGUAUAUCCGAACAAUGAGUAGUGGAGAAUAGUUGUAAUAAAUCACACCUCUGCAUCCUCCGAAAAAAGUACACACAACAGAAUGAGUAGCAAUAUUUCCAUUAGCCCACACACAUCUAUUGGUUUUAGUGACGGUGACUUUUCCUUUCCUUUCCUUUCCUUUCCUUUCCUUUGCUCAUAAAAACCUUCUGUUCACUGGAAUCUCUCACUAAAAUUAGGUUAAGUAGUAGUACUUCAUGUAUUUAUGGACACAUUGCUGCCUGGUAACGUUGAUAGUGCUGUUUGCCUCAGUACAAAUUGUUGUAAUAAGAGCAUGUAAUCUAAUCUAAAGGAAGAUUAAAAAAGGAACUGUUGGUGUGAAUCAGAAUAAAGUCAGCAUAAAUCCUCUGUCAUCUCAUACAAAGCAAAGGAUAAUGCUUACAUCCUUAUUUUGCGUGCCUCCCCUUUCAUUCAAGUGUUUAUACCUUUCCCCCCGAGCUUGGCUUCUUCCUUUUCUGUAACUAAACAUAUUGUUUUAUGGCUGCUUCUUCCCCCUGCGGUUUUGUGCCACUUCCCUUUUUUGUUUUAGAGCAUGCUUUCAGUCUAGUGAGAUCAGACAUGACAAUACGAGUGUCAUUACUGAAGCCCAACCCACCACCUAUGCUUUAUAAUACCACAAAAUCCUGCGCUGCUCCCAGAGUCAUUACUGUCUGCAAAGGUUGCAACAUGGAAGAGGAGAAUUUUCUCUUUGGAGGUGCUGCCUUGUAUCACACUGUGGUUGAUGGCAAGCACUGUUAUGAAGUGGGUAAAGUUUUGACCAGUAAACCAAGUGAUUUUGGCAGAAAAGGGGACAAGCUCCUGAUGAUAAAUGAUGUCGAAACUCAGCAUUUGCCUCCAA